AUGUCAAUUGGAACUGGUUUUGUUAGACCUUGUUCUAUAAUAUUUGGUGCUGAUCAAUUGGGGAAAAAAGAGAACCAGAGGCUUCUCGAUAGCUAUUUCAAUUGGUACUAUGCUAGCACGGGGAUUUCAACUAUUCUUGCAGUUACAGUUAUCGUUUAUAUUCAAGAUCGUUAUGGAUUGCUUCAAGCAGUUGUAGCAGUUUUUAGGAAAAGAAAUACUCGUCUUCCAUUGACUGAUUGUGAUGAUUACUAUCAUUCACCGCUUGAAUCCGAGAUCUUGACGCCAUCAAAUGACUUCAGUUUAUUGGCAUGUGAUUUUAUUGUGUGUUUAAAUAGAGCUUGCGUGAUUGAAGAUCCUCAAAGAGAUUUGAAUCCUGAUGGAUCAGCUUCAAAUCCAUGGAGUCUCUGUAGUGUGGAACAAGUUGAAUCACUCAAGGCUCUUAUUAGAGUACUUCCUAUGUGGUCCACUGGUUUUAUGAUUUUUGUGGCCAUAAGUCAAUUCUCAUCUGUACUUCAAGCAAAGACCAUGGAUAGACAUAUCUUCCCUCACUUUGAAAUACCAGCAGCAUCAUUUAGUGUGUUCAUGAUUAUUGCUUUAACAAUCUGGAUUACCUUCUACGAUCGUGUUUUAGUCCCUUUGCUAUCAAAAUAUACUGGACAGCCAAGAGGGCUAAGUCCUGUCAUCCGAAUGGGGAUUGGCUUAAUAGUCACCUGUAUGUCUAUGGCGUUGUCAGCAAUAACAGAAAGUAUAAGACGGCAAAGGGCAAUAGAGGAAGGGCAUGAGGACGACCCAAGUGCAUUAGUGAACAUGUCUGCUAUGUGGCUCAUGCCACAUUAUGCACUACUCGGAGUGGCUGAGGCUGCCCAUGCAGUUGGACAGAUUGAGUUCUACUCUCUAUUACCCAAAAGCAUGUCCAGCAUGGCGUCAGCUAUGUACACUGUUGGGACUGCUGUGUCGAGUUUGGUUGUAAGUAUUCUGGUGAGUGGUGUGGAUUGGCUUUCAUCAACUGGAGGCAAAACGAGCUGGCUUUCGAGCAACAUUAAUAAGGGUCAUCUGGAUUACUAUUUCUGGCUACUUACUUUUUUGAGUUUGCUCAACUUCUUCUAUUUUCUGGUCAUCUGCCCGGUUAUAUGA